CAACCUCACCAUGCUCGGUCCGAACACCUGGAUAGUUCUCUUUUUGGCCACCAGGGCGGCGCUGGGGUGCCCCAAUAGCCAAUGGCUUGCUACGGGAGACGACGACUGCUUUUUGCCGCUUCCACCUUCUAUGGCAAAUGUGACGGCUGAUGACGCGCUGGAAAUUUGUCACGACAUCGAGGCCACGUCUUCACUUCCAGAAAUUCUCGACGACGAAGAUCAACAAAUGGUUCACGAGCUCAGUGGCGGUUCGAACAUCUGGCUGGGCCUGCGCCGCAGCUCCUCCACCAGUGCCUGGGUGUGGCCCUCCGGCAAGGCCGCCAUCUUCACCAAGUGGGCCAACGAGCAGCCGGUGCAGGGAGACGAGAACUGUGUCUACAUGAACUUCGCGCAGGGAGCGUGGUACAACUCCUACUGCAACAGCGGCUCCGACACCAACAUCGCGCUCUGCUACGUCAAGUGGAAGGAGGAGAUGGAUAAGCAGUAGAGGAAGAGAGGAGAAUAGGUGAAGAGGAGGAAGACAAUGGAAAGCAGAAAAAUCGCAUGUGGUCAUUUUUUAUGGUGAAGGUACCUAUAUUAGGAAACUACUUCGACGUCGUCCCAAGCGAAACAGAAAUGACAUUUUGUGCCCGGAUGAUGCUGCAUUGUGCAUUGGCUGUGCAUGAACUGUCUCUGUCAAUAAAUUCUUAUUCGAAACCAUUAACAAUGAUUGUUCAGUUGGUGAGCAAUAUAUUUUUGUGCCAA